AUGUCGGCAAUUCAGGAAGGGGGAACGGCACCCCAAAACCCGGUCCAAGUCUUAUAUUGCGAAGUAUGCACAUUCCCCGUGGAGUACUGCGAGUUCGGCUCCAGAUUCACAAAAUGUAAGGAGUGGUUGAAGAACGAGCAUCCAGAUCUAUUCGAUAAAUACUAUUCCGAAGAGGCGCUGCAUGCGAAGCUGGGCACCCUUAGUCUUGAGGCACAGUCCAAGCUAGAGAAGGACACGGCUAAGAAGGAGGCGAAGGCAGAGGCUAAGGCGGAUGCAGCACUGAAGAAGAAGAUGGCAUCACAAGUAACGAUCAAGCGAAUAGAACGGAAUAAACGCAAAUAUGUAACAUCUGUACAUGGGCUGGAUGCUUUCGAUGUCGAUUUGAAAAAGGCUGCCAAGCUCUUUGCACAGAAAUUCGCCACGGGCGCAUCGGUCACGAAAAACCAACAAGGUCAGGAGGAGAUUGUGGUGCAAGGCGACGUCAGCGGCGACAUCGUCGAGAUGAUCGAGGAUGGAGUCGGCAUAUUACAGAAUGUACCGAAGGAUAACGUCGUCGAGAUCGAGGAGAAGAAAAAGAAAGGCACGGGAGAGGGCGUUCAGUAG